ACAGCCAGUAAAUGCAAACUGCGAAUAUCUUUAUCAAUAUUUUACUGCACGUAUUGCAUACAAACUAAUUUUAUCUCAGUAGUCUGAUAGGAGGCUUACAAGUGAGGUAAAAAUUGUGUUGAUCAAUCUGAAACUUUGUAUCAGGAUCAAAAUCAUGGAUUUAAAACGGAAAUUUCGUCUGUAUGAACUGAAAAGAAGCGUCAUAGAAAAGGCCUUCGAGAAAACAGUCAACGAAGUGGUUGUACCUAUGGAAGUACCUAUGGGCAAGCUUAUUCUGGUAACUGAAGAUCUGUAUCAAAAGGCGCUUGAGAUUCCAAAGACAUGCUUCAUAGAGGAUGAGCCACUAGUAAAGUCUAUAGGUCUCCACUGGUCAGACGAUUUUGAAUCUUUUUGGUUAAACACAUUCAAGGCAAAUAUGUCAUUUAUAUUAAUUAAUAAAGACAACGGAGAAGUUAUUGGGUUAAAAGCCACAGAGUUUAUCAAAAAGGAAGAAAAAGAUAAUCUGAAAGAUUUCACAGAUGCCAAGUUGAGAGAAAUAGUCGAGCUUCUGGGUUUGGGUGAUAGAGAUUAUUUCGACAAGUACAAAACAGAAGAGGCGUUCCAUUUUCUGGGUAUAGGCGUGGCUAAGGAAUACAGAAGAUGUGGAAUAGGAACAUUCCUUGUUCGAGUGGCGCUGAAAUUUCUUGAAAAUUUAGGGAUCAGUACCUAUUACAUAAAAUGUGAAGCGUCAUCUAACUACUCGCAGAGAAUUUUAGAAAAAUGUGGCUUUGAUACAAUCAAAGAAGUCCCGUACAAAGAUUAUAAGAAGUACGGAAAGGUAGUUUUUGAUAACACUGGUGAACAUAAAUCCAUGAAAAUAUACGGUAAAUGUUUAGUUGAUGAUACUCUGUAACAAAGUAAACAAGAGGGCCAUGAUGCUCCUGUAUUGAUCACCUGAGUUUAAUUACUUGUUUGAACAAAUUUCUAUGCGCAAACUUGAUAAACAAACAAAAAAACUAGGUGAGUAAGUCAUGGUAAAAAUUCUUCAAGAUACGUACUGAAAUCUGUUAAAAAGUAUAUAAAUCUCUUUGCUGUAGCUUCAAGAAAAGAAAGUAGGUCAGUAGGUCAAGGCGUAGAACAUUAAAGAUGAGUAUUGAAAUCCUUUUCGAAAGUUACUGACGUCGUCCAAAUUUCUAUGCUGUUAUGAUCGGUGUGCAAAACUGUACAUGUCAUCCAAAUUUUAAGGCUGUAUCUUAGAAAAAAACUAGAAAGUAGGUAGAUAUAUGUGAGAAAAUGCUCGGCUGUUGUAUGAUAUAAUGAAAACAACAAAAGAAAGAAAGAUUUCUGGACUAUUAAUCACUAUAGAUUAUGAGAAAGUAAUUCGAAAGUAUUUGAUACUUUAUCUUUUAAUUUCAUCGAAAAGACUUGAUUUUUUAGCUUUUGAACCACAAUCAAGGAAUGGCUUAGAUUGUUUUUACAUUAUACUAUACUACAAUACAACUGAAUGGAUUCCUUUCAGAUUUCUUCAAAGUAGAACGAGGCUGCCGACAAGGAGAUCUCAUUAGUCCUUAUAUUUCUUAUAUUUUUAUAUUAUAUUUUGAUAUUGUGUGCCGAAAUAGUUGCUAUCAAAAUAAGAAAAUCCGUGAAAAUUAAAGGUAUUACUAUUGAAGAAGCUGAGUAUAAAAUAUCUCAAUUUGCUCAUGAUACCUCAUUACUGUUGUAUGGCUCGGAAUGCUACCUUAGAUAUGCUACAUGACUUUUCAUUCUAUUCUGUUCUAAAAGUUAACUUUGAGAAGACAAUGAUAUUUGGAUAGGUACAAUGAAAUACAUUACCCGAUUAAUAAAAAGAAAGUACAAACUAUCUUGGGGUACUACAAUGUUGAAAGUACUUGGUAUCAUUUUUUAUGUAGAUCUUGAUAAAAUGAUAAUGCUUAACUUUAAUGAUAAGUUAUAAAAUGUUAAAAGGAUAAUAUCCUACUGGAACAGAAGAUUACUUACUUCUAUUGGAAAAAUUACUGUAGUGAAAUCAGUGUUAGUUCUACUCUUUAAAACUUUGUUAACAAUUUUGCCAGCACCACCUUAAAUGUUAAUGGAUGAUUUAAACAAAUUGUUAUAUGAUUUGUAUGGAAUGGCCCGUAUAAAAUAAGAUGCUCUGUUGUUGAUAAAGAUUAUGAAGAAAGAUGGCUGAAAGUGGUGGAUAUUUGUCAAUUUGAAGAUAGUAUGAAAAUGUCGUGGAUUAGAAAAGCUUUUAGGGGUACUGGAAAGUGUUGUGUGUUGUUAAAUUUAAUAUUUGACUUACAUAGAAUAGUUAAACUUGGAAAUUUGUAUUGCAAAAAUAUAAUGAAAAGGCAAAAAAAAAAAUUCUGGUGUGAUGUGUUAAGAAGUUUUAUCUCUUAUAUGGAUAAGAUGCCUGUUGAAACUGUAGAUGAACUUCUUGCAAUAUUUUAAAACAGCUGUUUUAAAAUUGGUAACACAGGUGUAUUUGAUAAAAGUAUGUUUGAUGAAGGUUUUCGAUUUGUUAGCAAUAUAAUAUCAGUUGCAGGUGAAUUUGUGAUAUUUCUUACUUAAUGUUGAAUUUUGUAUUUUAUGAAGGUUUAAAUAGUGCUAUAAGGUCCUAUGUAAGAACAUGUAAUAUUAUAACAAGUGGUAACUGUAGUUGCUAUGGACCUGUUGUCUCGUGUUAUGUUUCAAAAGUUGUAUUUUCAAAUAUGGCAAAUAAGCAUGUGUAUAAUGUACUGAUUGCAAACAAUGAUAUACCUACUAGUCAAGUUAAAUGGAACCUAUGUUUUAAUGAUAUUGAAUGGAAGUAUGUCUAUAAAGUUGUUCUUCUCGUAACAGGACAUUCAGUGGUUACAAUUACGAAUACUCCGCAGAAUUAUUGGUACUGUCUUUAUUAUUUCAUAUGAAUAUUGUUACUGAUUAUCCUUGUACAUUUUGUAAAAAAGAGGAAGAGGAAGAAACCAUUAUACGUCUUUAGAUAGGUAAUCUGAAUUGUGCCUGCAAAUAUACAGAAGCUCCAGUAUAAAGAAAAUAGAGAGAGAAAACUGGGCAGUUGUACAUCUUUUUAUUGUCAAUCCACAUAUCUACGGAAACGUAUAUUGACCCCCCUUAUAUAUGCAUCAUAUAACUUGAAUAUUAAUGAAAUAUCUUGUUUCUAAGAUAUGAAACUAAAUAUAUGCUAUAACAUAUCUAAUCAUCAUCAUUUAGUAUUAUAUAUGUUGCCAUUAGAUCAGUAAAUUGUUUUUCAAGUUAUUUAGAAUAGUAAAGGCAGCUUAAUUAUUUCUUUAUUCUUUUUUCUUUAUUUCCUUAUUGUACUUCUUUUGCAUGUUUCAUUUAAUAUUCUAAUAUUAAUAGUACUUAUGUAAGAGUUAUUUUCCCUUUUUAAAAGUAUGAUUGAACUACGUUUUCUAGUAAUGGCCAAAAGGUCUGUACAUGUACAUGUUCAAAAAAGGACAAAAUGUUUUAAUAUCUGUUGUAUAUAAAUAUAAUGUACAACAUUUGUGAUAAAUAAACGGGUCUUAAACGUUAUUCAAAAAUAAAA